GAAGCGGCUCUAUUCAGCAGACGCUGGCACACAACACCAAGCAGUACUAAGGGGACGUGCCCAGCGUGGAUAAAACAUGUUUAUCAUCCCUGGGGACCAGACCAAGAUGAAGAGGGAGCGAGUGGGCGAAGUGCGGACUCUCAGCUCCCCGUCCUUCCUUCACCUGCUCUGGCUGCUGGCUGUGUACACAGAUCUCGUUGAGGUUGUCAACAUCACCAGCCACAUCCAACACAUCCAUGGUACAUACGGCAAGUCGGCACUUCUCUCUGUCCAGUACAGCAGUGGGAGCAGCGAUAAACCAGUGGUGAAAUGGCAAGUGAAGAGGGAGAAGGCCAUAACGGUGGUGCAGUCCGUCGGCACGGAAAUCAUAGGGAAUUUGCGCGUGGACUACAAAGAUCGGAUACAAAUCUUUGAGAAUGGCUCACUCCUGAUCAGCAACCUCCUCCUGUCGGACGAGGGGACCUAUGAAGUGGAGAUCUCCAUCACUGAUGACACCUUCACUGGAGAAAAGUCCAUCAGCCUCACUGUGGAUGUUCCUAUAUCCAAGCCUCGGGUCUCAGUCCCGUCGUCCACUGUUUUGGAGCUCGCAGAGAACUUCACCCUGAUCUGUGAACAUGACAAUGGCACCAAGCCGCUGUACACCUGGCUGAAGGAUGGGAAGCCACUGACCAAUGACUCCCGGAUACUCCUGUCCCACAACCAUCGUGUGAUGACCAUCACCAAAAUCCUCUUGUCUGAUGACAAUAUCUAUGCUUGUAUGGUCGAGAACCCCAUCAGCAGCGGACGCAGUUCUCCGAUUAAACUGACUGUUUACAGAAGAAGUUCUUUGUACAUCAUCCUGUCCACGGGGGGAAUAUUCCUGCUGGUUACCCUGGUAACGGUCUGCGCCUGCUGGAAGCCAUCCAGGAAAGAGAAGCACAAACUGGAGACACACGCGUCUUGUGAAUACGUGGAGCACACAGAGGAUCCUCACAAGCAUGAAGUUGAAGUGAUUCCUCGGACUCUGGAGCGAGACAGCAAGAAUCCUGUCACUCUGUACGUCGUGAAAGACAAGGAAUCCACUGAAGCAGAAGAAGACUCCCCUACAGAAUCCAGGACUGAAUCAGAUGCUUCUGGGUCUCCCAAUUAUACCGGCACAGCCCCAUCCAGCAAACCUACCUUUCACAAGUACCAGCACUCCCCUGUAAGGUCACCGCCUGCCAAUAAAGAGCAUGGAUCACCACCCACGUCAGCGGGACCCCGGAGUACAGGCCGCUCUAUCCGGGCAGCCGCUGUGCACAUGAUCCAAGAGCAGGAAGGAGAGUAAGAGCUGGGAACAUGUGACAGGAACUGUACUCAUCGUCCAAUCACUGUGCUCCGGCCAUGCGCUUACUAAAGAUUAGGGUAACUGCUCAACACUUUCUCCUAGGGCCUAUAAUAUAUAUAUAUAUAUAUAUAUAUAUAUAUAUAUAUACUGUAUAUUACUUUCUUGUAACUAGGACGGUCAGUCCUCAGUCUAGUUCUAUAAAAUAAAGUGACCUCUAGCAGUGGACAAAUCACUGCAGGAAACACUGUGACCUCGGGUAGAAUGCUUGAUUUUGUCUGCAUCACCCUCACAUAAAGCACACGCGUGUAUACGGAACAUGCCGUGACCGUCAGUCUGCAUGAAUGUGGUAUUAGCAGCAGGAAGAGCGGUUACGGUUUAUUACCCGUUUAUAAGUCCCUGGUAAGGCUUCAGCUCGGUUACUGUCUACAAUUUUGGGGGCUCUGCGUAUCAGGCAAGGUUAGUGGCAAAAUGGUUGUAAAUGACUCUAAAAAAGUGUAUGCAAGAAUAGCGCAGUCCUGGCAGUAUGGGUAAUGUGUGUGUCUGGAGUAAGCCAGGAACACGUCAAUUUAUUUUAUGUGUAACAAACGCCUCUCAUAUUAGGCAUUAAUACAAGUACAGACAGCUCUCUGACACAAACCAUAAUUGCUCACACGCAGUCACCAAAGCAUGAUCUAUGGCGGUCAUUCCGAGUUGAUCGCUAGCUGCAUUUGUUCGCUGCGCAGCGAUGAGACAAAAAACGGCACUUCUGCGCAUGCGUAUGCGUCGCAAUUCGCACGCGCGUCGUACUAUUACAACAAACGAUGUCGCUUCACACAAGGUCUAGCGAAGCUUUUCAGUCGCACUGGGGGCCGCAGAGUGAUUGACAGGAAGUGGGCGUUUCUGGGUAUCAACUGACCGUUUUCAGGGAGUGUUUGAAAAAAACGCAGGCGUGCCAGGAAAACGCAGGCGUGCCCGGAAAAACGCAGCCGUGGCUGGGCGAACGUCACAACAGGAACUGAACAGUCUGAAGUGAUCGCAAGCACUGAGUAGGUCUGAAGCUACUCUAAAACUGCACAAAAUUAUUUUGUAGCCGCUCUGCGAUCCUUUCGUUCGCAUUUCUGCUAAGCUAAAAUACACUCCCAGUGGGCGGCGACAUAGUGUUUGCACGGCUGCUAAAAAUUGCUAGCGAGCGAACAACUCGGAAUGACCACCUAUGUCCGAGGGCCGGAGAGAGCACCAAUCACGAUCAGCGGGGCCUUUGCAAACAGCCAAUCACAAGCAGUUGGCUAGCACUGGUGAUCACUCUCUGACUCAUUUUGAAUGUGCCCUUACAUUACUGCCCGUCCUACUUCACUCCAUUCAGGGGCAAGCAGGUGUAAGAGACAGAAUCACACAUAUGCGUGCCAACGCUGUUCUCGGGUUGUACUGAGGGAUUUCACACAGUCAGUCAUAGGAUUGUAUAUUGGGAAACCUAUGAACAAGUAUACCUGUUACCAUUUAUGGAUACCUAAAUACCUUCCUGAUUUGGGCAAGGCAGCCCUGGUGAGGAGAAAGCAGGUGGUCUAGGAAGAAUUUCCGGAUCUUAACGGACUCCUAAAUCCCAGAAUGAAACGUAGAAUAUUAAUUUAUGAAUUGUGAAGGUAACAUACGCUGUUCAGUGCUACCCUGAAAUUACAGUUACAGUAUUACCCUCUCUUUUCCAUUACUGACAGCUGAAGCUCCUCCCACAUCAUUAAGGCAGUGCGUGAAUUUAGUUACUGUUAUCACUGUCCCCGUCCCAUAUAUGAAUCCACCAAUCUACAAAGCAGGGUGGCCCAGCUGUCAGUCCCGGUGAUCGUGUUAAGAGUCCCAUACAUCAGUGCCAGGGAAUUAAGGGGGACAUUUACUAAGCAG